AUGGAUAAUGGGAUUUCCAGACAAUCUUCCAUAAGAAACAAGCUAAAAAACACAAUAUGUUGUUUUACAGGAAAUAUUCAUCAUCAUGAUUCUUCAUGGGAAGAAGGAGAAGGAUUUUAUGACAAAUUACGCAUACCAAAAACACCAAUUUCACCCGUAGGCUCGUCAAGUUCGCCAUCUUCGUGGUUCAAGAAAUCACCCCCGAGUAAUGGAAGCGACAUUACCCGCAUUAGGGGUAGAAGUCUAAGGACACUCGUGGGUCGCAAACACAUUCAUCAUCGUCAAUCACAUUCCGCGGAAUUUAGCUAUGACCCUUCAAGUUAUGCACUCAAUUUCGAAAAUGAAAGUGACCAAAAUGAUAGCCCAAUAAAAGAUUUUAGCUCUCGAUUACCUCACUCACCACCUUCUUCUUCAUCAACGACUAAUUACUCUGAUAAGCUUCCAAAAGAAAUUGUUGGAUAUAGUUGA